AUGUCUCAAUUUCCUCCCAAUGGACCUAAUGUGCAAGUUCAGCCUCCACAAAAUUCUUCGUCUCAACCCUUGAUCUCUCCGGACACGUCUGCGGCUUCAUCUUCUCAUCAACCCCCAGUCCAUCCAUUCCUGUACGAAGCACCGCCACCGCCCUCGUCCCAACCCAUGGGAUCACCUUACAUGUUUGGAGCAGUACCAUCACAACCUCCACCAAAUUAUCCUUACAUGUUUUGUGCAUCGUCGACGCAGCCUCCGCCAUAUCCUUACUACCAGUUUGGAGCAGGAUCAUCAAUCGUACCUCCACAAUAUCUAUGGUCGCAGCCACCACAGCCACCCCAGUUGCCACUUCCACCACAGGGUAACGAUACGGACGCUACUGAUUUAGGAGAGGAUGAGUAG